AUGAAAUAUUGGCUUUUCAAAACCUCCUUUUUUCAUUCUGCCCAUCUUUCUCUCCUUCCUUUUUCUAUCUAUCUAUCUAUCUAUCUCAGUCUGUUCCUAUCUAUCUAUCUCAGUCUGUUCCUAUCUAUCUAUCUCAGUCUGUUCCUAUCUAUCUAUCUCAGUCUGUUCCUAUCUAUCUCUAUCUCAGUCUGUUCCUCAUCUAUCUAUCUCAGUCUGUUCCUCCUAUCUAUCUCAGUCUGUUCAUCUAUCUAUCUCAGUCUGUUCCCAUCCUAUCUAUCUCAUCUAUCUAUCUCAGUCUGUUCCCUAUCUAUCUAUCUAUCUAUCUCAGUCUGUUCCUAUCUAUCUAUCUAUCUAUCUCAGUCUGUUCCCUAUCUAUCUAUCUAUCUAUCUCAGUCUGUUCCCUAUCUAUCUAUCUAUCUAUCUAUCUCAGUCUGUUCCCUAUCUAUCUAUCUAUCUAUCUCAGUCUGUUCCCAUCUAUCUAUCUAUCUAUCUCUCUGUUCCUCUGUUCCUCAUCUAUCUAUCUAUCUAUCUCAGUCUGUUCCCAUCUAUCUAUCUAUCUCAUCUGUUCCUAUCUAUCUAUCUAUCUAUCUCAGUCUGUUCCUAUCUAUCUAUCUAUCUAUCUCAGUCCUCUAUUCCUAUCUCAUCUAUCUAUCUAUCUAUCUCAGUCUGUUCCUAUCUAUCUAUCUAUCUAUCUAUCUCAGUCUGUUCCUAUCUAUCUAUCUAUCUAUCUAUCUAUCUCAGUCUGUUCCUAUCUAUCUAUCUAUCUAUCUCAGUCUGUUCCUAUCUAUCUAUCUAUCUAUCUCAGUCUGUUCCUAUCUAUCUAUCUAUCUAUCUCAGUCUGUUCCUAUCUAUCUAUCUAUCUAUCUCAGUCUGUUCCUAUCUAUCUAUCUAUCUAUCUCAGUCUGUUCCUAUCUAUCUAUCUAUCUAUCUCAGUCUGUUCCUGUCUAUCAUCAGUCUGUAUCUAUCUAUCUAUCUCAUCUCAGUCUGUUCCCUAUCUAUCUAUCUAUCUCUGUUCCUAUUCUCCAUCUAUCUAUCUCAGUCUGUUCCCAUCAUCUAUCUAUCUAUCUCAGUCUGUCUAUCUCAUCUCUAUCUCAGUCUGUCUAUCUAUCUAUCUCAGUCUGUUCCUGUCUAUCUAUCUAUCUAUCUCAGUCUGUUCCUGUCUAUCUAUCUAUCUGUUCCUCUAUCUGUCUCAGUCUCUAUCUCUAUCUCAGUCUGUUCAUAUCUAUCUAUCUAUCUAUCUCAGUCUGUUCAGUCUCCAUAUCUAUCUCAUCUAUCUAUCUAUCUAUCUAUCUCUAUCUCAGUCUGUUCAUAUCUAUCUAUCUAUCUAUCUAUCUAUCUCUCAGUCUGUUCAUUCAUCUAUCUAUCUAUCUAUCUAUCUAUCUAUCUCAGUCUGUUCAUAUCUAUCUAUCUAUCUAUCUAUCUAUCUAUCUCAGUCUGUUCAUAUCUAUCUAUCUCAUCUAUCUCAUAUCUAUCUCUCAGUCUGUUCAUAUCUAUCUAUCUAUCUAUCUAUCUAUCUCAGUCUGUUCAUAUCUAUCUAUCUAUCUAUCUAUCAAAAUUUAUCUAUCUAAAUCACUUUUGAGGUCUAGAUCAAUCUCUUUUGAGAUCUAUCUAUCUAUCUAUAUCUUUUCUGAGAUCUAUCUAUAUGUCUAA